AUGACCCAUAUAACAGAUUUACCCGAGGAGGUACUAUUUCAAAUUUAUAAAUAUUUAGAAGUAUCGACCCUUAAGGCAUUACAAUUAAUUCCUGAUUUUGCAGAAAGUACUAGAUAUUAUUUAUAUCGAAACAGUUUAUAUUUAUUACGAAUAUGUGAUGAUCAAAUAAAUUCAUUAACAUUGACAAAUAAGGAAAAACCAUUAGGUUAUGAAUUAUCAUUACUUGUUCAAGAUAAUAAUAAUCAAUCAAUGAAGAAACAUAUUUCACAAUUCCGACAUUAUCAAGUAAAUUUACUGUUGAUUAAAUUUGAAAAUUUAUUGGAAAAAUUAGAUUGUUAUAAAGAUAAUAUAAUUCAAGAUAUUUUUAAUCGUGACGAUAUUGGUAAUGGUAUAGUAAGUGUUAAAUUAUUAAUUCAAUUAAAUUAUUCAUUGAGUACAUUUAAUCAAGUUAAAGAUUGUUUAGUUAAUAUGGAUAAAGUAUCGAAAUAUUUUAGUAAUAAUGGUAAGAAUAGUAUUACUAUUGAUUUAGAAUUGAAUAGUCAUGAUAAAUGA